CCUGGACUUUCCUUCAUAGACCACGCUCAGGAUGAUCUGGAUUCUGCGGGAUCAGAAUUGGAGAACUUUUUGCAAGCAAAAUGCUGACGGAGGCGUCAUGGCCACUUUCAUCCAGACACCCAAGAACAAUAGUGUUUUCCUCACCCUUUUAACACACAGCUCAAGGAGAUGAAAAGAGUACAUGGGUUUGCAGGAUACGUGGUAAUCGGAGAGGAAACAGUAUAGACGGUAGGCGGAGAGGGCAUGGUUGGUGGUGGGAUAGCAUUGCUGUGGAAGAAUUAGGGGAAAGAGAAGAGAGGAGGAGGGUUGGGCAUCAACCAAGCAGGAUCAUGGUGAGUAUGGCGCGAUAGAAGAGUGGGUGGGUGGGGGAAGGGAGGGCGGGGAGAGGGGGAUUGCGGAAGCAGGUCGAGCGGGAGAGAAAGCGGGGAAAAGGAGGGAAAAGAGUUCGAAGGAUUGAGUGAUUGCGAAGGGAAAGAGCUUUUAGGGUUUGGGAAACCUUCAUGGAGGAAGUUGCAACAUGGUGCGGAUGGCACAACAUGAGUGGCAGCAGCAAGGGGUCAGCAACGCGCGGCGUCGCAGCUUGGAGACGGUCAUGAAGGAGCAGCAGGCGCGCACCAAAGUGUCGGUGCGCCAUCUGCCGCCGAGCCUGGCGUGGGCUGUGUUCCAGGACCAGAUUGCGGUGAAGUAUGCGGGGACGUAUACUUGGUGGUCGUAUCAUCCAGGCAAGAGCAGCCACAAGCGUCAGGUUUAUUCGCGUGCGUACAUCAAUUUUAAGAAGCCAGAGGAUGUGAUUGAUUUUUAUGAGGAUUUUAAUGGACAUGUAUUUGUGAACGAAAGAGGGGCUCAGUACAAGGCUUUGGUCGAGUAUGCUCCUUACCAGCGAGUUCCCAAACCUCGAUCGAAGAAGGAUGUCCGGGAAGGCACAAUAUCAACAGAUCCAGAAUAUUUGGCAUUUGUCGAGCAGCUCGCCAAACCAGCGGAGUAUUUGCCGAGUGCUGAGGUCCAGCUGGAGCGCAAAGAAGCGGAGAAGGCUUCUAACUUGGCGUCUGGGACGAGUAAAGAUGCCGUGGUGGUGACACCUUUGAUGGAGUAUGUGCGAUCCCGAAGGGCUGCGAAAUCAACACCUCAGAGAGGGAUGUCAUCAAGUGCAAAGCUGGCUGCUCGGUCUGGAGGUGUACCCGUCAGUGCUUUCAAACUUGCAACGCAGAAGCGUGGCUCUGAGAAAGGUCGGUCUGGAUCUAGUUCGUACACGGGUGAUAGUGCAUCGACCACCAAAGAGUCUGCCAAUCACAAUUCUGCUUCUCGAGAUGAGCUACAGCGAAAAGAAAGGGAACAUCUGAUUGAGCGGAAAAGAAAAGAAACAGGUGAAGGGAAAGAGAAGAAGUCGGUACGCGAGGCCGUUGCAGCUGCUGUCCGAGCAAAUUCAAGUAGUCAACGAGGAGAGUUCAGCAAGGAGAAGACAAUCCUCCUAACCAAGGACAUGUCCGAGGCACCAUCUGAGGGGCGAGCGUUGCAAAACAUCUCAGCGGGUGGGGAAUCCGGAUCAAGAACAUCUGUAGCCGGGAAGGUUUCUGCGGUGAAUGGAUCAGGUGAAGGUCUAACAGCUGGAGAUGUCCGGGAACCGCACAAGCGGGAGUACAAACGCAAACAAAUGCUGGUGGCCAAGGACAAGGACAAGGAAUUGGCAGUUGAUCCCGAGCAAGCGGUUUCUGUAGCGAACUCCGUUGGUGUUGGUACGACAAACAAUCAGCGGCAUAGGUCAUCUGGACCUGCGAAGGUAGCAGCAGGAGGUGUGCAACAGAUGCAGUCUGCGGUUGCUCACCGUGCAACAUCUCUUGGAGAUUCCAUUUCUUCUGGGAAGCAGAUCCAUAGGCAAGAGUACGGAGGGAGGACCUCUCUACGUGGUACACCAGCACAGGGUAGUUCGGCACCAGGUUUAGGUUCGGAUUCUCAUGCACAACCCCAGGCAAGCGGCACGCAGGUGGAAAAAGUGGGUAAACGACCUCCACGUCCUCAGGCGAUACGAUUGGCUGGUAAAGACCAGGCUAUUUCUUUGGUGUCCUCUGUGGAAGCGGAAGGUCAAGCAGGCAACGGUGAAGAAAGGUCCGUGAAGCAAGUUGCAAAUGAUGGAGCUGCGUCGAGCCCAUCGUUGUUAGACAAGCAGGACGCGAGACGCCUUAGAAACAAGGAUAGGCCUGACAGGCCCGUGUGGACCCCUCGUCGUCGCGAAGGUGUGACGGGAAAGGCUGAUGGAACAGCAUUUGCAAAUAGCCCGGCUUCAGCAGCAGGUACUGCAUCAACGGAAGGCACAUCGUCGACUGCUUCGUCUGGGACGGAUGUGGGUUCCAAGAACGAUAGGGCGGAGCGAUCAAGUGGAAGACACAAUGGGAGAUCAGGUUCCGAGGUGCGGAGUUCAGAGCCCCCUCAAACGUCAGGUGGCGGCGGCAAUGGUACAUUCAGCAAAUUGCGUUAUGUGGAGACAGGUGGUCGCAUUCCACGCGGUGGGCGAACUGUUGCAGCCGUAGGAUCUCAGGCUGCACACGACGGAAGUCGGACGGAUGCAAAGAGUGUUGGCGCAAGCGAUGAUGUCACUAGCCAGUAUGGGAAGCAGGGUCGGGAUAACGGAGAACCUUUUGUGCAGAGCCAAGAAGGGCAGCAGUCAUUGGUGACGGAGGACAGAAGGAGGCAGGGCGGUUCCUUUUGGAGUGAAUCUGGUGGAAGUCACAGGCAAGGAGGCAGACGUGAAAGGACUGGGCAACAAGGAGCUAAAGAAGGAGACGGCGGGGUUGUGGGGACGGAAGCGGCAAGCAAAUUGGUGAAAAGAGGUCGAGGUUCUCCAGCAUCGGGAAGCAACGAGAAGCAAGUAUGGGUUGCCGUUCAAAAGACAGUUUCGGGAUGAUAGUCUUAUGUCUAUAUCUGCAUGGAUGCGGAGCAGAGUGGAAAUUACGAACGGCACGGUGCUGCUAAUACCAAAAGGAAUACCAUUAGCUUGGUGUGAGAAGACAGUGAUCCAGAAAACAUCAGAUCCCGCAUGUUGCAGAAGCGGUAGAGACUUCAACACAAGACAAUCCAGAUAUGGAGGUUUUUUGGACACGGAAGUUUUCACAAGACAAUUUGUGGCAACUUGUCUUACAGAGAGUUUUGAUCAUCCAGUGUGUGAACAUUUUUCAAACUCACUUAGUUUUGCAUUCCGUUUCCGAUUUUUACGAAAUCAGGCGUUAUCAUUCCCGGUUCUAGGAACUUCACAGAUGAGCUCAUCAUCUGGGCCUAGAUUUGAACUUGUGACAGUACUUAGAGCCGUCGGGAUGAAUCAAGCGACUUAUUUGGUCUUUGCUAACGUCGUCUACGCUAACGGAGUAUUUGAAAGUUGCCCAGGGAUGUGAACAUUUUGGAAAUUCGGAAAAUACUCCCUGAAAGGUUGCAUUGAGCUUCUGUAAUUUGAGGGCUUCAAUUGAUAGGAAAUUUGUAUUCGAUAGCAGGAGCAGUCCAGUGGCAGUGGUGUAUGAUUGGAAGCUUCUCGUGUUGUUGGAUUAGUUUUGGAUCACUGUGCGCAAGAUGAUCGAUGUAAUUUGCAAGUGUAAGCAAUACAAGUGUUGUGUUCUUUGAACCGUCCAGUCAA